GACCGCAACAUGUAAACAAACGUUGAGUAGACGUUUUAUAAGAAAGGAGAAGCGGAAGGAAGGUCCAGGUUUUACGAAAGAUCUAAUGAAAAGAUAAAAGAGAAGCGGAGAGUAAGAGAGCCUAGAUUUGUUCUUUAUUCUCCUUUGCAUCAAACGAAGCAAGAUGUCGAAAGCCAGGACUCAGGAAUUAAUGAAGCUGGACUUCUAUGAAAUUCUGGAGGUACCCAUUGACGCUGAAGAAAAGGAGAUCAAAAAGUCAUACAGGAAGAAAGCCCUGAAAUGCCAUCCCGACAAAAAUCCAGAUAAUAAGUCAGCUGCGGAAGAAUUUGACCAGUUGAAGAAGAUCCUAGAAAUAUUGUUAGACCCUGGUGCUCGUGCGGCUUAUGACAAGGUACUGAAAGGCCGAAAAGCGGCUGCAGUGAGAGCUCGAGCAGCUAGUGCAAAAACUCAAAAGCUACGAUCUGAACUCGAAGAGCGAGAGAGGCGAGCGCAAGAACAGCCACGGAUAUCAGAAGAAGAAAAACUCCGGCGAGAAUUAAAGAGACUAGAGGAGGAAGGGGAGAAAAUUAUUCAAGAAGAACUGGAAAGACUUAAUAAAGAAGUGGAAAAAGAACUACACAAACCUGCAUCCAAGUCGACUGCAGAGCCCGAGCAAAAUGGUUACAAGGUCAAGGUGAAAUGGCUAGCAACGGAUGACUGGCCAGGCUACACCGAGCAAGAAAUUCAUCAACUCUUUUAUAAGUGGGGAGAUAUCAAUGCAAUGGUGAUGAAGCAGAAGUCAAAGAAAGGAACAGCAAUGAUAGACUACAAGACCAAGCAAGGAGCGGAUAUGGCAGUCCAAUUUGAGAAAGGCCAGAUCGGAAAACCUGUCGAAGUUUCACAUGUCUCCGAAAAACCACCCAAGGAAUCUGCAUCGAAGAGCAAAGAACCAGAGCCCAAAGCGAAAGGCUUCGAUUUUGAGUCUGUGGCAGACAUGAAUCGAAGGCGAGAAGAGGAGAGAAAGAGGCUGAUUGAGGAAAUUUUGAGAAGUGAAAAUAUGUGAAGCUACCUUUCUCUCCCACUUCUUUUUUAAUGGAUGAAAAGUGCAAGAUUUGAAGUGUGAUAGUUUUAAGAGGAAUAUUUCUUUUUAAAUAAAACUUAUUUUUG